GACGUCACUAGCCAACGAUCAGCCUAGCCCCUUAGCGACACGGCACAAUAUCGCCAGCUCUCGCCCGUUCAGCUCGGGUCGACUCAUAUUACUCUAUGCAUAGCGACCCCAUAAUGCGACCCGCGUAGGCUGAACAGCCGCUACAAUCAGGCUACAAUCGAAUCGUACACGUACCAUAUACCAGGGUUCGGAUGGGGAUUCGUGUAUGCAAUAUCGUUACCACCACUAGACCGGCAUAUAGUGUGUAGAGGUACGAAGCCAGGAAGUUCUGGGCUAAGUUAGACGCUGGGCAGAAACCGCCUUGGUUUGUAGGGAAAGUACCGGUACACAGCACCAUCAUGGCAGAGUGAGAGGACUAAAAUCAAGGGAUUCUUGGUCUUCAACAUCGUGCCAUACCUGCCGACUGGAUUGUAAUUUCGGAAAUCUCAAAUAGACCCUCGCCUCGGCUUCGCAAUUUACCUCUCGCUCGUUGGGGCUGAACGCAGAAGCACUGCUAGCUAGCUGUGUAUAAUCGGAAAAAUUCCCAUCGCGAUCGCUGCAAAGGAGAGCUCCAUUGAUUGGUGUGUGCGAUUCGGAGUGUGUGGUGACCCCGUAGCUGCUCGCAACACAUUGCAUAUUCUACGUACGUGGGAAUAAUUGCGAUUGUGAUCGACGACAUUUACGGAGGCCGUUUCCUCAACUGUUUUCCGUCCUGCAGAUUUGACGACUUUUCUCUCAGUCGACAAAUUAUUGGAUUAAGAUGGCGGAUUUAGAAGCCGUUUUGGCAGAUGUGAGCUACCUUAUGGCAAUGGAGAAGAGUAAAUCUACUCCGGCUGCCAGGGCAAGCAAGAAGCUCGUUCUCCCCGAUCCAAGUGUAAGAACAGUGAUGUACAAAUACUUGGAGGAAAGGAAAGAAAUCACUUUUGAAAAGAUCUUUGGACAAAAGCUUGGAUAUCUUUUGUUCAAAGACUACUGUGAGAAUUGUGCAGAUGUCCAAGUACAACAACUGCAGUUCUAUGAAGCGAUCAAAGAUUAUGAAAAACUUGACACCCUUGAUGAAAGGCUAGAAGAAGCGCGAAGAAUCUUCGAUAACUACAUAAUGAAAGAAGUCUUAUCAUGUACACAUCAAUUCUCAAAAUCAGCUGUAGAAAAUGUGAGACAAAGAUUGACCAACCAAGAAGCCAAACCAGACCUCUUUAGCGACUACAUAACUGAAAUCCUUAAUUCCCUGAAAGGAGAAAUAUUUCAGAAAUUUUUAGAAAGUGAUAAGUUUACUAGGUUUUGCCAGUGGAAAAAUGUAGAACUAAAUAUAAAUGGCAUGUUGUCAAUGAAUGACUUCAGUGUACACAGAAUAAUUGGAAGGGGUGGCUUUGGAGAAGUUUACGGGUGCCGUAAGGCUGACACCGGCAAAAUGUAUGCAAUGAAAUGCCUGGAUAAGAAGCGGAUAAAGAUGAAGUCAGGUGAAACGCUUGCCCUCAAUGAAAGAAUAAUGCUUUCUCUAGUUAGUGAGACGGACUGUCCGUUCAUCGUGUGCAUGACGUAUGCAUUCCAAACACCAGACAAGCUUUGUUUUAUCCUAGAUCUUAUGAAUGGUGGUGACCUCCACUAUCACUUGUCACAGCACGGUGUAUUCUCUGAAGAGGAAGUGGGUUUCUAUGCCGCAGAGAUCAUCUUGGGUCUUGAACACAUGCAUGUCCGUAACGUGGUGUACCGUGAUCUCAAGCCUGCUAACAUCCUCCUGGAUGAGAAUGGCCAUGUCCGCAUCUCUGAUCUCGGUCUGGCUUGCGAUUUCUCUUCAAAGAAACCACAUGCUAGUGUAGGUACUCAUGGUUACAUGGCUCCUGAAGUACUUUCCAAGGGAACAGCAUAUGAUUCAAGUGCAGAUUGGUUCUCACUAGGAUGUAUGUUGUUCAAACUUCUUCAUGGGCACAGUCCAUUCAGGCAACACAAAACGAAAGACAAGCACGAGAUUGAUCGCAUGACACUGACUAUGGAUGUUGAAUUUCCUGACAAGAUGAGUGAUGAGAUGCGAUCAUUACUAGCUGGUCUACUACAGAGAGAAGUAGCAAGUAGAUUAGGUUGUGAAGGCAGAGGGGCAACAGAAGUGAGAGAGCAUCCCUUCUUUAAGAAUACAGAUUGGAACCAAGUGUACUAUCAAAAGGUGCAACCUCCCCUAAUACCACCAAGGGGUGAAGUGAAUGCUGCAGAUGCCUUCGAUAUCGGAUCAUUCGAUGAGGAUGAUGUUAAGGGAAUCAAGCUAUCGGAAGCCGACCAGGAACUGUAUAAGAAUUUCCCUGUCACCAUCUCAGAGCGAUGGCAGCAGGAGAUUGCUGAGACGAUAUUUGAGACAGUCAACCAGGAGCAUGACAAGUUAGAGAUGAAACGAAAGGCAAAGAAAAUGGAUGAAGGAAUCUAUGCCAUGGGCAAGGAUUGUAUAAUGCAUGGUAUCCUUCAUAGACUCGGUGGACCAUUCCUCAAUACAUGGCAGAAGCGUUACUUCUAUCUGUUCCCUAACAGGUUGGAAUGGUCUGGUGAUGGUGAUAGGGGUCCAAGUCAGCAAAACGUGAUAGCACUGGAAGAUGUACUAACAGUAGAAGAAUCAACUAUCAAGGGUUAUAAGAGCAUCACGUUGAAGAUGAAGGCUGGUAAACCAUGCAUUCUACGAGCAGAGUCUGAACCAGAAUAUGUGCAGUGGUUCAAAGACAUCCGUAGCACGUUUGACGAGGCACAGCGCAUGCUGAGGAAAGGACCCAAGAUGUUUGCUACUCAAGCUACUGGGAUGUAUUAUAAGAGCAGAGGAGUGAUACAGGAGAGCUAACAGAAUAUACUUUGACCCCUUCACCUUCUAAUGGAUGACCCUUUCCUGUACAACCCCUUCAUAUGUCUGAACAGCAUUUGGAUAUGUGAUAUCAAACAAAGAAGGAUCUAAGCGUGGCAGGACAUGGAACAAGUUAUUUGUUAUGAUAAAAGGAGGAUGAUCGGAAUGCUUAGGAUUACAUCGUUGAGAGGCAAAAGCUAGGAAAGGGGUGGAGACUCUAAAACAAUUGGAAUCUACGCAAGAUGAAUUUGUUGACUCUACAUUAAUGAUCCAUUCACUUCUAACAGUGCGUUCCAUCAACCGUUUGAUUCCCUGUGGUCUUGGGUUGUGAUUGAUUGAUUGUCAUCGGGAUGAUAUCCACCAUAGGUUUCCUCUAGUUUCUGUUUUUUAUUUGCCUGGACCAGUGUGCUUCAAUAUAAAGUGAGUUCAUCAAGGCUCAGACACUGCUAUGCAGCAAUUGAAAAAUAAUGGCGCAGGCGCCUAAUUUUCAUAGUCCAGUUUUCUUUUUUCUCCAACACUAAAAUGAAUUUUAAAAAUACCUUGUCAUUACACUGUAAUAUUUAGCACAACUUCAUGAUAUAACACACAUAUUUGAGCUAAUGAAUUUGGAUUCCUUGUGAUUUUAGUGUAGUUGUUUACUAAAAUUUUGUAACAAGGCCAAUAAGUUUGUUGGACUAGGUAUAUGUACACCUUGAUUGAGUUUUCUUUCUAUUCCACUCACCCAAGAGUUUGAAAAUGGUAGCAGAUUUUAAUCAUUCUACCUUAAUAGUUGAAAUGUGUUCGUUUUUAAAGAACAAGUAUGAAAUCUUCAGGUUUUUAAUAGGGAUAAGAAAAAAUGAGUUAUCAGAAUCAAACACAACACAAAACAACUUCUCAUCUAUUUGUUCUGUUUUUCUUUUUUUUACACUGAAGCAGCUCAUAAAUGAAUAGAAUCACUUUUGUUUUUAAAUCAUUUAUUCUUGAAUGGUAAGGAGCACUUAAUUGAAUGCAGCUACUGAAUUGUGAUUUUUUUUUUGACCAAAUCUUGAAUUUAUCACUAACUCUGUACCUGUGUUUGUAUGGAGGAAGUAGGCAAUGUGUACCUGCUUGUAUGGUGAUGCACAUUUUCAUUUGUAUAUAGUGUAACCGAAAUGAAUGAAAUUAUUGUACAGAAAUAUGAAGCUCUUUAGCCCAUAUCUCUCAAACCAGCCAUUUCAUAUUUGGACAUGGCUAAAGAAAUAUGUAUCAGAGAAAGCCAGAUAAGAGAUAGAGUAAGGAGGAAAUGGGAGUGUGUGUGUGUGUGUGUGUGUGGGAGAGAGAGAGAGAGAGAAGGUAAAGACAUAAAUCAUAAUUUAAUCAGAUUUCUUUGUUGAGUGUAUACAUCAAAUAUAGAUUACUAUAAGAUUAUAGAUUUUAUUAUUAUUGUUGGACAGGUAUUUAUGUGUGUGCCUGAGUGUGUAGAGUAUAAUUUUAAGUGGGUUGGGUUUAAAGGUCAAUUCAAAUCUAUAUGACUUAUAAUUAUGUCAGACUUUUGAAGAAGAAAAAAAAUAUUUGUGAUUAUGUACUAAGAAUAGAUGAUACAAGGAUUGAAAAUAGAGCAAAUUGAUAUGUAAUUUAAGGGAUCGGGUAUUGACAAGUUUGUCACCUUGUCCUAGUAUCACAGAGGGUGAAAGGUCAGUGUGUGUUUGGAUGGCUUUUAUGUAGUGUGCUUCUCUUUCUAGUCUAUUACAAACAAAAUUAUCACAGAGAUAUUCAUCAUUUCAUGUUCAAUGCCAAAGGGGAAAAUAGAGACAUUUUUUUGUUGCUUUGAUUGAUUGUAAUUCCUUCUGAAAGGUGUUGAAUGGACAUCAAAUCCACUUCAAUUCAAAUAUAAUUUUCUCUGUAUUUAUUUAUGCCCAAUUUUUGAUCUUUUAUUUUUGUUUGACAUUCAAUAUUAUACAGACAACAUUGAUAAUUUUUGUUGACAAGGGAGGGCAUGUCCUGAAGAAUAGAGAAAGAUGUGUUUAGCAUCGUAUGACAAUGCCUCAUUAAACAAGUAAUAAUCACUACUAGUCAGUCAUAUUCAUGAAAAAUUAUUUAGGAAAUACUCGAUCAAGCUUUUUAAAAGGAUACUGAUGUCUAGAGAGUUACUCAUGCUUUAGGGCACUUUUGGUACACAAUCGUACAUUACAAUGUCUUAAUACACUGAUGUCUUUUUAUUCAGAAUCUGUCAAUAUUUUGUCUUUAUCCCAGCAUUAUGUUUGACCAAACAUUUUUUUAAUGGAUCCAUCAUGUACCAGUCUUAUGGAGCCUAGAAUUUUAAUGUAAAAUAUCCAGAUAUUUUUAUUCAUAAUGUUAACCAUUUUAUUUUCCUUAAAUUCUUAUGAAAUAUUUGAUUGAUUUUUUUUGUAUUGAAAAACAUUGAAAAAAAUUAUAUUGGAAGAAUAUUCUAACUUGAAGAUAUUUUAGGAAACAUGUUGAGUAGAAAUUGAUUUUAUAUUUGUGUGCGUGUGUGGGUGUAUGUGUUAAAUAGGAAUCAACUUUUUAUUUAUUUUAACUAACAAUGAAUUAAAUCUUGAAUUCUGCAAGUAUUGUGCAAGAGAAAAUUUUAUCAUUAAAAUACAAAAAAUUAUUUAGUCAUUAAAUAGAUUUAAUAUUUGAAUUAUUAGUGAUCAGAGAAAAAUAAUGUACCGUAGUAAGGUUUAAAAGAUACAUUAUCAUGGGAGGGUAUAAUUUUUUCUUCAGUUAUCUUUCUUUUCACUCUCUCUCUCCCUCUCUCCCCCUUUCAAUAUAAGGAAAAAAGAGGAGCAAUUGUUAAUAAAAAACAGUAUAUCAGAAUCCACUGACUUGGUGUAAAGAAUAAAGCUCCUUAUUAAUCAUCAGUACUGCACAAAAAAUAUGGGAUGGGUGAUGAUCAUACUCAAUUUAUUGAUAUCAAAUGAGAGAGAUAAUGAUAGAGCAUUAUUUGUCCAGGAUAUAUUAAAGAUGCAUAUGACAUAGUACUUUAAACUCCUGUCUUUAUUCAAGGUCAUAUAUAGACAUAAUGCAUGCAUGACAUCAUGAGUACACAUGUAUAUGUAUACAGCAUUUUAUAUUAUUUGUUAUAAAUUUAUCAAAGCAAUGAUAUAAAGGUUAAUUGAUGAUUUUAAAGAUAUAUUACCAUUUUUAAUAACACUGUGGACUAUAAUGAUGAGGGUUGUACAUUUCUUUUUUUUUAUUUGGUAUUUGUUUUAGUUUUUAAUACCUUGAACUUGCCCAUGAUGAUCUAUAAUUUUGUUGGUAAUUUCUAUGAGCAAGACGUCGAAUAUGCUGUAUUUUAAAGAAAAAAACAAAGCUAUAUUUAAUUCAACAAUGAGUACUCGGUCGAGUUGAAAUACUGGAAAUGUUUUUUGUUUGCAUAUCUAACUUAUAAAUAUUUUUAUUUCAUUUUUUCUAUAUUUGAAAAAUAAAACAGAAUAAUCAAAUUUGAAUCAUCCCCUAACCUCAGAGAAAUCGAUGGACCCCAACAAUAGACCCCUCUACCCUACUAACAUUAAUAAAUUGUGUUCCAAAUACGGAUAGGCUCUGGUCCAGUGGCAGCUAGAUAAACGAGGUUGCGUAGUACAUAUUUUUGUUAAUGUCGUGAAUUUAGUCCUAAAGGUUGAUCUAUUAAGAGAUGGCUUUGCUUGUAUACAAAUACAUGUUAACAUCUUGAGUGUUUUGGAGUAUGGUAAAAGGGUUUAUAAGGGCACAAUUCCAAGAUUAUUGAACAUAUCCUUUCCUACCUCUCGACUUUUUGUUUUGUGGGAUUCAGGGAAGGGUGGUCCUUUUAUUCCUACAUGUGGAUCUGCUUUUAAAGUCUAAAUGUGCAAUGUCAUCUAAAUACUGAUACAUGUUUAAAUGAACAGGCUAGGAAAUGAUAAUGCUUCAUUGUACAUCAAAUUGUUAAAGGUAUGUCUGGAUGGGUUUUCAAAAAAAAAUUAUUGAAGACUCCUGCUUUUUGGUAUCAAAGGAUCCGUACAUAAUUUCAGGAACACAUUGUUUAUGCUCAUAAAGGAAGGAUCCACCUGCUUGAACAGAAAACUAAAGAAAAUGCCUGAGAAUUCAAAAAAUAUGGGGAUAUUUGCUACAAAACUCAAGAUAUGAUGAGGUGUUUUAAAUGAAUCUUUACAUUUAUUUUCUCUCUCUCUGCUUGUUUUAGAUCAAGAAGUGAGGGUAUUUGAUAAGUUGAUCAACAGCUGUCUUAAAAUUGUAAUGUACAUAUUCUAUAUCAAAAUGUACUCAAUUCCUUGUCAAGACUGCACAUGAUAAACCUUACACACAGCUUUGAUUUAUUGCCAACAAAAUUCAUUAUCACCUUUAUCACAGCGCCUUUUGAAAAGCUGAAUAAUUUUCUCCCUCCAUUUAAUUGUAUAUCGUGUUGCCUUGUAGCAACCUUCUACAGCAAACUAUGGGUACACAUUGCUUGAAUGCUUUAUUGUAUAUAUCAGCAUGUGCUGAUAUCUUUGUUGUUUUUAUUUCUGUCUGUUUUUUUUUCUUUUUUUAUUGUCUACGAUAGUAGACUGUGUUGUAGAGAAUUACCUGUGGCACUCUAUUAAAUAAAAAUGAUAGGAGUAAUACUAAGCUUAAUGCAGUAUGUCU